GGCUCGCGCGCACCAGUUUCAAGUGGCUCUGUGGCAGCCGACGACUCCAAAGUCGUCGGCGUUUCUUCCCCAUCGGCCAACCCAACUCAACAUGGUUCCUAUAUAUGUAGUGCGUGUUCAGCUCAGCAACCACAUACACCAUCUUCUUCCUCUUUUCUUAGAGUAGCAGCACACACAAGGUGCAUUCAUGAGCUUCCUCUUUUCUCCAAUUUAUCAUUCACGGUACUCGUCCCCAUGCAUGGCUACCCUCUACAUACUACUCGGCCUGCUCCUCCUUCCAUGCUCCUCCUCUGCAAACGAUACUCUCACGGCAGGCCAGGCGCUUGCGGUCGGGGACAAGCUUGUCUCGAGCAACGGCAAGUUCGCGCUCGGCUUCUUCCAGCCAGCCGCAAGCACCAUUACUAGUAAGUUCACCAACAUCACCUCCACAGCUAACUGGUACCUCGGCAUAUGGUUCAACCAGAUACCAGUUUUUACUACCGUGUGGGUCGCCAACAGGGACCAGCCGAUCCCCAAUGACCCCAAGCUCAACCUGACCACACACCUCAAAAUCUCAAGCAAUGGCAACCUUAUCAUCGUCCACGAUGAAGUUGUUAUAUGGUCCACUCAUAUUACACCCAAUAGCAGGAUACGACCCAGCAUAAACACCACAAGUGUAGUUCUCAUGAACAGUGCGAACCUAGUUCUCACAUCAUUAUCUGACCAAGUGUUGUGGGAGAGCUUUGACUACCCAACAGACGUUGUGCUUCCUGGUGCAAAGUUUGGCUGGAACAAGGUCACCCGCUUGAACCGCAGGGGCAUCUCGAAAAAGAGCACCGUCGAUCCGGGGCUUGGCUACUAUAGCAUUGAACUGCAGACCAACGGCAAUGGGAUAAUGCUCAAGCGCCGCAAACCUUCGCUGGUGUAUCGGACUUAUUUAUCUGAAACAUCAUCCAUACUGAAAUUAUUACCCAGAGUCAAGAAGAUUCUAGAACUGGUUCCACAAACCAAAGGCGUGGUUAUUCCAUAUUAUGUUAGUAACAAGGAAGAGGAGUAUUACAUGUACAAUUCAACAAAUGAAUCAGCUUCCUCAUUUCUCUCGCUAGACAUCUCUAGUCAGAUCAAGCUGAAUAUUUGGUCACAAGCCCAAGGAUCUUGGCAAGUUGUACUAGACGACCCCAUUGAUGUCUGCACUCCACCUGCUACAUGCGGACCUUUCACGGUCUGCAAUGGCAAAGCACAGCCAUCUUGUGGCUGCAUGGAGAGCUUUUCUAAGAAGUCACCGCGGCAUUGGGAGUUUGGUGAUCGAUCACACGGCUGCGUCAGAGAUUCACCGCUAUAUUGCACUAGUAACAAGAACACCACAAGUUCAACAGACAUGUUCCAGCCAAUUUCUCAGGUUACAUUGCCCUACAACCCGCAAAGAACGGACCUUGCUGCCUCUCGCAGGAACUGUGAGGAAUCUUGUCUCAGUUCCUGCUCUUGCACCGCUUACUCCUAUAAUAACAGCAUAUGCUCUGUCUGGCAUGGGAAACUGCUUGGUGUAAAUUUGAACGAUGACAUUGAAAUUUCUUCUGAAGAUACUCUUUACCUUCGUCUUGCUGCCAAAGAUGAGCCAAUUUUGCAAAAGGACAAAAGAAAACCAAAUGUUGGAGUUGUUAUGGCUGCAAGCAUUAGUAGUUUUGUGUUACUAAUGCUCAUGUUCUUGUUAGUGAUUUGGAGGAACAAACUCAGGUGGUGUGGUUCGCCACUAUAUUGCAAUCAGGGCACUACUGGUAUUAUAGCGUUUAGAUACACCGAUUUAUCUCAUGCUACUAAAAACUUCUCUGAAAAGCUGGGAACAGGUGGUUUUGGUUCUGUAUAUAAGGGAGUGUUAAGUGAUUUGACUACAAUAGCAGUGAAAAGGCUUGAUGGUGCACGCCAGGGAGAGAAGCAAUUUAGAGCCGAGGUGAGCUCAAUCGGAUUGAUCCACCAUGUCAACCUAGUCAAAUUGAUUGGUUUCUGCAGCCAAGGUGAUAAUAGGUUACUUGUGUAUGAACACAUGUCAAAUGGAUCUCUUGAUGGUCACCUUUUUAAGAACAAUGUCGUACUAAAUUGGGACACAAGGUACCAGAUAGUCCUAGGAGUUGCUAGAGGAUUGUCCUACUUGCAUCAGAGUUGUCACGAAUGCAUCAUACACUGUGAUAUUAAGCCAGAAAAUAUACUUCUAGAUGCAUCAUUUUUUCCUAAAAUUGCUGACUUUGGAAUGGCAGCAUUUGUGGGAAGAAAUUUUAGCCGAGUCCUGACUACAUUCAGAGGAACAGUAGGUUAUCUUGCCCCGGAGUGGCUGAGUGGAGUUGCCGUUACACCAAAGGUUGAUGUUUACAGCUUUGGCAUGGUAUUGUUUGAAAUCAUAUCAGGAAAGAGGAAUUUUCCUGAAGCACAUUCGGACAACAAUGAUCAUGUUGAAUAUUUCCCCAUGCUAGUUGUCAGCAAACUUUACGAGGGAGAUAUGCAUAGUUUGGUGGAUCCACGGUUACAUGAAGACUUCAAUGAGGAACAGGCCAAACGGAUUUGCAAAGUCGCAUUAUGGUGCAUCCAAGACAAUGAGCUUGAUCGGCCAUCGAUGGGUGAAGUUGUUCGGGUUCUUGAGGGUCUCCAGGAAAUUGAUAUGCUUCCGAUGCCAAGACUACUUGCAGCUAUAACUAAACACUCUAAUUCAUCUUGAGUGUAAGAGCUUUCAAAAAAAGAACUUGAGUGUAAUGAUUUACAAAUCUAAGUCACGAUCAGUGUUACUAAUUUUUAUUUCAGCAAAACUUGACCUCGUAUUGUGUAAUAAUAAAGGAAGGAAAUUGUGCAAA